AUGCAGAAAUCCUGCAGUCCAUCGACUCUUAACAGUCUGCGGACUGCUGUACGAUCGAAAAGAGGAAUUGAAAAUGUACCUUUGAGCAGGAAGUUAUCUGAUGUCACUAUCACAAGGACCGGAAAGCCCAUUAUUCGUACCCAGGGUGGCAGAUCAUCUCUCGGAGGGCAUACCGCAACCGUUUUCGGUGCGACUGGAUUCCUCGGACGUUAUAUUGUGAAUAGACUCGCAAGACAAGGAUGUACAGUUAUUGUCCCUUUCCGGGAGGAAAUGGCCAAACGACAUUUGAAGGUUUCCGGUGAUUUGGGUAGAGUCAUUUUCAUGGAAUACGAUUUGAGAAACACACAAUCUUUGGAGGAGAGUGUUAGGCACUCGGAUGUUGUCUACAAUCUUGUUGGACGCAACUAUCCCACUAAGAACUUCGAUCUCGAGGAUGUACAUGUUGAAGGAGCGGAGCGAAUUGCCGAUGCUGUUGCCAAAUACGACGUGGAUAGAUUCAUCCAUGUCUCUUCCUACAACGCAGACCCUAAUUCACCCUCCGAGUUCUAUAGAACCAAGGCAAGAGGUGAGGAAGUUGUACGCAGUAUAUUCCCAGAAACUACAAUUGUGAGACCUGCUCCAUUGUUUGGUUUCGAGGAUCGUCUUCUUCACAAGCUUGCUGGAUUCACCAACGUCCUUACAUCCAACCACAUGCAAGAGCGCUACUGGCCAGUUCACGCACCCGACGUAGGCCAAGCACUUGAAAAAAUGCUUCAAGAUGAUAGUACUGCAUCGCAAACAUAUGAGCUUUAUGGCCCCAAGAAUUACUCAACAGCAGAAAUCGCUGCUUUGGUAGAUAAAGAAAUCAAUAACCAUCGUCGACACAUCAAUUUACCAAAGAAAAUCCUUAAGCCAGUCGCCGGGGUUUUGAACAAAGCUCUCUGGUGGCCUGUCAUCUCUGCUGAUGAAAUUGAGCGAGAAUUCAUUGAUCAAAAGAUCGAUCCUUCCGCAAAAACAUUCCAAGACCUUGGAAUUGAGCCAGCAGAGCUCAGUAGUCUUACUUUCCAUUAUCUGUUGGGAUAUCGAAGUGCAGCAUUCUAUGACCUGCCACCAUCAACAGAACGCGAGAAGAGGGAAGAGAAGAAAUAUUUGCAUGUCCUUGAUGACCAGUAGAAGGCUGAUUCUGG